GAGCGGAGCAGCCCCCCCAUGCUCUCUGCAGACGAUGCCGAGUAUCCUCGGGAAUACCGGACCCUGGGGGGCGGGGGCGGAGGCGGGGGCAGCGGGGGCCGCCGCUUCUCCAACGUGGGGCUGGUGCACACAUCGGAGCGGCGGCACACGGUGAUCGCGGCCCAGAGCCUGGAGGCGCUCAGCGGGCUCCAGAAGGCCGAUGCCGACCGCAAGCGCGAUGCCUUCAUGGACCACCUGAAGAGCAAGUACCCCCAGCACGCCCUAGCCCUGCGGAGUCAGCAAGACAGGAUGCGGGAGCAGCCAAACUACUGGAGUUUCAAGACCCGCAGCUCGCGCCACACUCAGGGAGCCCAGCCUGGGCUGGCGGACCAGGCGGCCAAGCUGUCGUACGCCUCGGCUGAGUCACUGGAGACCAUGUCGGAGGCGGAGCUGCCCCUGGGCUUCAGUAGGAUGAACCGCUUCCGGCAGAGCCUGCCCCUCUCCCGCUCAACCAGCCAGACCAAGCUGCGCUCACCAGGGGUGCUGUUCCUGCAGUUCGGGGAGGAGACUCGGCGCGUGCACAUCACGCACGAGGUCAGCAGCCUGGACACGCUGCACGCACUCAUCGCGCACAUGUUCCCGCAGAAGCUCACCAUGGGCAUGCUGAAGUCGCCCAACACAGCCAUCCUCAUCAAGGACGAGGCUCGCAACGUCUUCUACGAGUUGGAGGACGUCCGGGACAUCCAGGACCGCAGUAUCAUCAAGAUCUAUAGGAAGGAGCCACUCUACGCCGCUUUCCCUGGCUCACACCUCACCAACGGGGACCUCCGGAGAGAGAUGGUGUAUGCGUCGCGGGAGUCGUCGCCCACGCGGCGCCUCAACAACCUGUCGCCGGCGCCGCACCUAGCCUCCGGUUCGCCGCCGCCGGGGCUACCGUCGGGGCUGCCGUCGGGCUCGCCGUCGCGCUCGCGCCUAUCGUAUGCCGGGGGGCGCCCGCCCUCCUACGCUGGCAGCCCCGUGCACCACGCGGCCGAGCGGCUGGGAAACGCCCCUGCCGCCCCGGGCGUUAGCCCGAGCCCCAGCGCCAUCCUGGAGCGGCGCGACGUGAAGCCGGAUGAGGACCUGGCGGGCAAGGCGGGCGGCAUGGUGCUGGUGAAGGGCGAGGGCCUCUACGCCGACCCCUACGGGCUGCUUCACGAGGGCCGCCUGAGCCUGGCCGCGGCCGCCGGCGACCCAUUCGCCUACCCGGGCGCCGGGGGCCUGUAUAAGCGCGGCUCGGUGCGCUCACUCAGCACUUACUCGGCCGCAGCGCUGCAGUCCGACCUGGAGGACUCGCUGUAUAAGGCGGCGGCCGGAGGCGGCCCGCUCUAUGGCGACGGCUACGGCUUCCGCCUGCCGCCCUCGUCGCCGCAGAAGCUGGCCGACGUGGCUGCGCCCCCCGGGGGCCCCCCGCCGCCGCACAGCCCCUACUCGGGGCCGCCCAGCCGCGGCUCGCCGGUGCGCCAGUCCUUCCGCAAGGACUCAGGCUCCUCGUCGGUCUUCGCCGAGAGCCCCGGAGGCAAGACCCGCAGCACCGGGGGCUCCUCGACGGCUGGAGCCCCCCCUCCCGAGCUCUUCCCCGGGCCUGGGGAGCGCCCGCUCGUUGGGUUCGGGCCUCCUGUGCCAGCCAAGGACACGGAGACCAGGGAGCGCAUGGAGGCCAUGGAGAAGCAAAUUGCCAGCCUCACCGGCCUGGUGCAGAGUGCCCUACUGCGAGGUUCGGAGCCAGAGACCCCCAGUGAGAAGAUUGAAGGCUCCAAUGGAGCAGCCACCCCCUCAGCACCCUGCGGGUCAGGCAGCCGGAGCAGCGGGGCCACCCCAGUGUCCGGCCCUCCCCCGCCCUCGGCCAGCAGCACGCCUGCGGGGCAGCCCACUGCCAUCAACCGUUUGCAGAUGCAGCUACACCUGCGUGGCCUGCAGAACAGCACCAAUGACCUGCGGAGCCAGCUUCAGCAACUGCGGAAGCUCCAGCUACAGAACCUGGAGUCUUUGCGCGCGCUGCUGAAGGGCACGGAGGCGGAGCUGAGCAUGCGCGUGUCGGAGGCGGCGCGGCGGCAGGAGGACCCACUGCAGCGGCAGCGCACCCUAGUGGAGGAGGAGCGGCUGCGCUACCUCAACGACGAGGAGCUCAUUACCCAGCAGCUCAAUGACCUGGAGAAGUCGGUGGAGAAGAUCCAGAGGGACGUGUCCCACAACCACCGACUGGUGCCUGGGCCCGAGCUGGAAGAGAAGGCGCUGGUGCUGAAGCAGCUCGGAGAGACGCUGACUGAACUCAAGGCUCACUUCCCAGGCCUGCAGAGCAAGAUGCGGGUAGUGCUGCGUGUGGAGGUGGAGGCAGUGAAGUUCCUGAAGGAAGAGCCACAACGCCUGGAUGGGCUACUCAAGCGCUGCCGUGGGGUCACAGACACGCUGGCCCAGAUCCGAAGGCAAGUGGACGAAGGUGCAUGGCCACCCCCCGGCAACCUCCUGAAUCAGUCCCCCAAGAAGGUGACAGCCGAGACUGACUUCAACAAGAGCUUGGACUUUGAAAUGCCACCCCCCAGCCCUCCACUGAAGCUCCACGAGAUGAGCGGGCCAACCGAGGGAGCCCCUCCGACCCCGAAGGCAGGCAACCCCACCAAAGGCCUGGACACUCCUGGCAAGAGAAGCGUGGACAAGGCUGUGUCUGUUGAGGCUGCCGAGCGGGACUGGGAGGAGAAGCGGGCAGCCCUGACCCAGUACAGCGCCAAGGACAUCAACCGGCUUCUGGAGGAGACACAGGCAGAGCUGCUGAAGGCCAUCCCUGACCUGGACUGUGGGAGCAAGGCCCACCCAGGCCCAGCCUCCACCCCUGACCACAAGGCCCCCAAGAUGCCCCACGGCCAGAAGGCAACCCCCCGAACGGAGCCCAGUGGAAGGAGAGGCUCAGAUGAGCUGACAGUGCCCCGAUACCGCACGGAGAAGCCCUCCAAAUCGCCCCCGCCGCCCCCUCCCCGCCGGAGCUUCCCCUCCUCCCAUGGCCUGACCACCACGCGCACUGGAGAGGUCGUGGUCACCAGCAAGAAGGACUCGGCCUUCAUCAAGAAGGCCGAGUCUGAGGAGCUGGAGGUGCAGAAGCCCCAAGUGAAGCUGCGCCGAGCCGUGUCCGAGGUGGCCCGCCCGUCCUCCACACCCCCCAUCAUGGCCUCUGCCAUCAAGGAUGAGGACGAUGAGGACCGCAUCAUCGCAGAGCUGGAGAGUGGCGGUGGCAGUGUGCCGCCCAUGAAGGUGGUGACUCUGGGGACCUCUCGGCUGAAGGCAGCCCAGGGCCAGGCAGGCAGCCCCGACAAAGGCAAGCAUGGCAAGCAGAGGGCCGAGUACAUGAGGAUCCAGGCCCAGCAGCAGGCCACUAAACCGUCUAAAGAGAUGAGCGGGUCGAAUGAGACCUCAAGCCCAGUCUCAGAAAAGCCCUCGGCUUCCAGAACCUCCAUCCCCGUAUUGACUUCCUUUGGGGCGAGGAAUUCUUCCAUCUCCUUCUAGAAACUCCCUUACCCCCCACCCCCGCCUGCCCCCUCCCUCCUCCCUGCCAUUUCUCCCCUCAGCUUCCCUUCAUCUCCACCCCACCCCGACACCAUUCUCCAGACCCCCUGAAGGGGGCCUGUCCUCAGCUCUCUCUGCCAUCCCCUGUUGGUGUUUUUGGUUUUUUUAAUGAUUCACUUUUAAUUAUCUUUUUUUUUUUUAAAAAAAAAAAAAAAAAAAAAAAAGAAGAAAAAGCAAACCAGUAAAACUAAAAACCAAAACAUGACACCUUCCCUUGAUUUCCUGUUCCACAAUGGCACACUUGCUGUCCUCAUGCCUCCUUUUCUCUUUCCCCACUUGCCCUCCCAAGUCCCUCCUGAAGUUCCUGCACCCCUGCCCCACCUCCUCGUCUCCCACACACUCCUCUCCAGAGCACUCCAAACAAACUCUGCGCAGUGGAGACUUGGAGCAGCCAGACACCCCCUCUCCCCUUCCUCGGAAGCCUUCCUGGAGGAAAACCUGGACAUUGGACCAACCCCAAAAUCAGGCGGGAAAAUAGGACGUAGGGAGACUUUGGCCCUGGAGGCGCCCCACCUGUCCAACCUCGGGAUGUGACUCAACGCCGCUGCUUCUCUGCUCCCGUCCACUCAUGCCCGGGUGGGCCUGGAGUCGAGACAAGACGGGCUGGAGAGGGAGGCCAGAGGUGGAGGGGCCUCAGGGUGGUGUGAGGCCGUGGAAUCUGUGUGUCCUCGGAGAGGAGCUGGCUUUCCUCACCACCUUCCUGCGGUGAGGAGCUGCCUGGCUGGCGCUGGUGGGAGGAAGGGGCACCUUUGGACUGCUGGUGGUGGGUGGUGGGUUGAGCAGACAGCCUGACACUGGGGACACUGCCCUUGGAGAGGGCAGCCCCGAGGAGGGGUAUUUGGUACUUUUAGUUUCCUGAUUUAGCACUUUAAGUGA